ACUGAUUACCGACUCAGUUUGUUAACUUCUCUCGAAUUUAGCACUCGUUAGUCAAGAGCCACUUUUCUAGGUCACUCAGUAUUGGAUGACUAAAAGUGGUUUUUCGCGGAAUCAGGCAGGAAGUUAUCAGUGAUUCCGUAUCUUUAUUUUCGGUUUUAAGAACGUCUGACAAAUGGAGAGGUACUGAAUAAUUGGACCUUAAUUUACAUGGAUUUUAAUUUUAAGGAUGUUAGUUUCUUUAGUCAUUUUACCCUUAUGCAGUUUUCUUCCUUUGAUAAGAGGACACGGCAGGCUAAUAGAUCCCCCAAGUAGAGCCUCUGCCUGGCGAUAUGGCUUCAACACUCCUCACAAUUACAAUGACCAUGAGCUUUACUGUGGUGGUUUCACUAAACAGUGGAUCACAAAUGGUGGAAAAUGUGGAAUUUGUGGAGACGCAUGGGAUGCAAAGACUCCUAGACCCCACGAAUUCGGUGGAACUUAUGGAGAAGGGGUAAUAGUCAGGAAAUACGGUGUUGGUGCUAUCAUGAAUAUAAGAGUAGAACUCACUGCGAACCACAAUGGUUUCUUCGAAUUUUCUAUUUGUCCAGAUUAUAAGACCGCUUCUCAGGACUGCCUAGACAAGAAUAUAUUGAAGCUGCUGAAACCUCAGGAAGGAGUGGAUCACCAAAACUCCAGAUACUUCCCUAAGGAAGGUAACAAAGUGUACGAGAUUAAAUACAGACUCCCAAAGAAGAAAUGUGAUCAUUGCCUGCUACAAUGGAGGUAUAUAGCAGGAAAUAACUGGGGCAAUUGUCCCAACGGUACUGGAGCAGUUGGAUGUGGACCUCAAGAGGAAUUCAGAGCAUGUGCUGACAUAACUAUCUCCGGCAAAGCCGAACCAAUGGUUCCCGACCGUCCAACAACUACAGCAACCUCCAAACCAAUCCCAACAACUCCAGAAACCAUUCCACCAACACAAGAAGAAACAUACAGUCCUAUUUCUGCUCUUAUUGUCACUCUUGUUUCUUUUUUAAUAGUCUGUUUGAUAUUUUCCCUACUCUACUUUCACUUUUACCAGGUUGGUAAACAGUUUAAAACUUGGCUUAAAGGAACUCCGAAAAAGGGUGAAAAUGUUAGUCAGAAUAUGACGUUGCCACCUCUGCCACCUUUAGCUCCACCGAGAGUCAGAAAACCGAGAGAGAGAGGAGAGGAGAUAAGAGUUUGGCACGUGGAAAACGUAUGAUGUACCUGCGUAUUUAGUGGUUCUAUUUGAGACUGAUGUUGGCUUCGGAUUUCGAAAGUGAUUUAUCGAUUCAUUCGAGACUAAAUGAAUUAUAGGUAUUAUAUAAACACUGCCACAAGAAUUGGUGAUGUAAUUGUAAUUAUUAAAAAAUCCUAUAUUUAUGAAUUAUUAUGACAUGUUUACAUUGUAUUAUAUUCAAGAUAAUUUGAAUAGGUAGUAAAUUAUUGAAAUUGU